GGUCGCGGACGCUGCCGCCAUGGCGACCUCCUCCGGCAACUUGAACGCCGUGAGGGAAACGAUGGACGUGCUGAUGGAGAUCUCCCGCCUGCUCAACACCGGCCUGGACGCCGAGACGCUCUCCAUCUGCGUACGGCUGUGCGAGCAGGGCAUCAACCCCGAGGCCUUGUCCGCCGUCAUCCGGGAGCUACGAAAGGCCUCCGAGGCUCUGAAGGCUGCUGACAAUAUGACAAAUUAAAUCUAGGAGAAGAUUUUUUUUCUUUUCACUGAGAUGAAGCUUCUGAGAAAUAGAAGAUUUCACCUUCAUUCACCUUCAUUUUUUGUUGAAGAUGUUGGUUAUUGGUUGUGUAAAUUUCUUAUGGAUGUAGAAAAUACAGUGCUUUUUAAACACCUAUUAACCAAUAAUCUUUCAAAAUGCAUUUUUUAUCUUUAUUGUAUAUGAUCUAAAAAUCUUAAAAUUAUGUAUUAACUCAGAAAUUUCUUUUAUUGUCCCAGUUGAAACAUGUGCCUCAUAUUUGAUAAAAUGUUGACUGUAUCAUUCAGAUGUAGCCAAUGGACAUUAGACGACAGAUAUCUGCAUGAAGGAGUUCACUGUGGUAGAUUAAUUUUUAAAGGUUUAUUUCCUGUAUAUUUCCAAUUUGCUGGCUGUUUCACUGAAGAUAUAACAAUUGCUAUACUGUGAAAAAAAAAAGGUGAAAAAAAUAAGUUUCAGUUUCAAAUUUAUCCAGUUGCACCAUCAACAUAUUUGACUCCCUCUUCUUUGUGGCAGCCCCUCAAAUACUGGAACACUGCGAUUCCAAACAAUAUAUAUUUUGAACCAAACAAUCUUGUUCUGAAUGAAACAAUGUCUUUUGAACCAAACAAUCUGGCAAACUUUCAUGACCAACUUGCUUGUUGCUGAAGACUUGUAAUGCUGAUUCUUACGUGAGCCGUCCAAAUGGCUCUUCAGCACUAUGAAAACAGUGUCAGCUUAUCAAAACGCUGCAAAAGCUUUCCCUGCCUUGUUCUCUCAGUUUCACAGAGACAUGUACAUCUAACGAAAAUGGAAAAUUGCACAUAAAUCACUGGUAGGGAAAAAAAAAUGCUAUGAAAUAUUAAAUUGUUAUCAAAGCUAGUUUGGUCUAGUGGUUAAAGGCACCAGGCUAGAAAGUGAGAGACCAUGAGUUUUUGGUUUUUUUAAAAUUUGAUUUAUAUGCUGCCCUUCUCCGGAGACUCAGGGCGGCUUACAAUGCGCUAAGCCAGUGGUUCUCAACCUGUGGGUCGGGACCCCUUUGGGGGUCGAACGACCCUUUCACAGAGGUCGCCUAAGACCAUCAGAAAACACAUAUUUUCAAUGGUUUUAGGAAUAAUUUUAUGUUUGAGGGUCACCACAACAUGAACUGUAUUAAAGGGUCGCGGCAUUAGGAAGGUUGAGACCCACUGCGCUAAGCAAUAAGCAAUAGCCUUCAUCCUUUUGUAUAUUUAUACAAAGUCAGCUUAUUGCCCCCAAAACUGAGUCCUCAAUUUACCUACCUUAGAAAGGAUGGAAGGCUGAGUCAACCUUGAGCCUUGGCGAGAUUCAAACCUGCAGUAAUUGCAGGCAGCUGGUCUUAAUAACAGGGUGCUUUAGACCACUGUACUACCAAGUUCAAGUUCCGCAUUAGCCAUGAAUUCCAGCUGGUGACUUCAGGCCAAUCACUCUUCAACCCAUCUCACAGGGUUGUUGUGUAGAAAAUAGUGGAGGGAGGUGUGUUGGAUACCUUCACUGCCUUGACUUAUUUGUAAAAUAAUAAAGGGAGGAUAAAUAAAAAAUUAAGGUAAAUCUUUUAAUGUGUUUAUGAAAAAAAAAUGUUUCCUUUAAAAACAGCAUUAUAUUUUGGCUCUUUUUCCCCCCUUUUGAUACUUUUUAAUUUUUUUCUCAUAUUCUUAUUUAAAAAAGCUAACUAAAAAUGGUUGAUGUCGGCAUUAAAUUAAUCUCAUUGGACUGUGUGCUACUAACUCGAGCAAAACCUCUGUGUUUUAUCUUUCGUUGAAUAUUGCCUGAAAGAAAACAACCUUGUUUUCUCCAGUGUGAUGUAUUUUCAUGACAGAAUUUUUGGAACCUUUAAGUGUUAAACAUUUCAAGAACGGGGGUUUGCUUUAUGGUAAAUAAAACCAGUCAUUGUACAGACAA